CCACUAUUGUCUAGCCGAGCCUGGCAGGCGGUGUAUGGUUGGUUGGUUUGUGGUUGUGUUGGGAGUCUCGCUCGCUUGUCAAUAUCACACACAACGAAUACUUUAAUGCUAAGAGAUGGGAAUCUUGCAGUCAUGCUUCCACGACGAACUGCUGUAGCGCUGCUCGCUCUGUGUGGAUUAAUAGCGGUCGGCGAUGCUCUUAAGUGUAAUUGCACUGCCUGUGAGAGCAGCGGUUAUGUGUGCGAGACCGAUGGGGCCUGCAUGGCCUCUACGUACCACACCAAUGGUCAGGAGGAGCAGCAAUUUCGGAUCUGCAUCCCCCGUGUCAGCCUGGUACCACCCGGACAGCCCAUCUACUGCUUGAGCGCCGAAGGCCUGCUCAACACACACUGCUGUUAUACAGACUUCUGCAACAGUAUCAACCUUCAGAUUCCCAGCGGUAGGAGGAUUGCUGAAGGUAAAGGGGGCAGCUGGGGUCCUGUAGAGCUGGUGGCAGUGAUAGCAGGCCCGGUCUUCCUCUUUUGCUUGCUGCUUAUCAUGGGAGUUCUCGUUUUCCAGCACCACCAGCGCAACUAUAACCAUCGGCAGCGACUCGAAGUUGAAGAUCCGUCCUGUGAUCAUCUGUACUUGGCCAAAGACAAGACCUUACAGGACCUCAUCUUCGAUCUGUCCACAUCCGGUUCAGGAUCUGGCCUGCCCUUGUUUGUUCAGCGAACAGUGGCCAGGACAAUUGUACUGCAGGAGAUCAUAGGUAAAGGUCGCUUCGGGGAAGUAUGGAGGGGGAGAUGGAGAGGAGGGGAUGUGGCUGUGAAGAUCUUCUCAUCCAGAGAGGAGCGCUCCUGGUUCCGUGAGGCUGAGAUUUACCAGACCAUCAUGCUCCGUCAUGAGAACAUCUUGGGCUUCAUUGCUGCUGAUAAUAAAGACAAUGGCACAUGGACACAGCUGUGGCUGGUGUCAGACUAUCAUGAACAUGGCUCAUUAUUUGACUAUCUCAACCACUACUCCGUCACAAUCGAGGGGAUGAUAAAGUUAGCACUCUCAGCGGCCAGCGGCCUGGCGCAUUUGCACAUGGAGAUCCUGGGAACACAGGGGAAACCAGGCAUUGCACAUCGUGACCUCAAAUCUAAAAACAUCCUGGUGAAAAAGAAUGGUACUUGUGCCAUUGCAGAUCUGGGGCUCGCUGUACGGCACGAGACCAUCACUGAUACUAUAGACAUUGCACCUAAUCAGAGGGUUGGCACCAAAAGAUAUAUGGCCCCAGAGGUACUAGAUGAAACGAUCAACAUGAAGCAUUUUGAUUCUUUCAAGUGUGCUGAUAUCUACGCUUUGGGACUUGUAUACUGGGAGAUUGCACGACGGUGUAAUGCUGGAGGCAUCCAUGAAGAUUACCAGCUUCCCUUCUAUGAUCUGGUGCCCUCCGACCCCUCCAUAGAAGAGAUGAGGAAGGUGGUGUGUGAUCAGAGACUACGGCCCAAUGUGCCCAACUGGUGGCAGAGCUACGAGGCGCUGAGAGUGAUGGGGAAGAUCAUGCGGGAGUGUUGGUAUGCCAACGGGGCGGCGCGGCUUACGGCUCUGCGGAUUAAGAAGACUCUCUCGCAACUCAGCGUCCAAGAAGACGUUAAGAUCUGAAAGACGCGGGAUGCUGCAGAUCCCUGUAGAGACGCACAAGCGAAAAAAAGACUUAAGCCAAAAGCAGCCUGCCAGUUUUAGCCCUUUUUUGAACCUUCUGAAGUUGUGACGAGGCCUACCUCACCAUCUUAGACGAAACUACUGAGGUUGAGUCCAUCCCAGCCCUUUUCCAUUUCUCCAAGAUCAAAGUUCCCAAUCGUGGAUGAGCCUCCAACCGCUGACAUCAGCUCAACUUCCCUCCAUGGAUCUAUUGUUGUUGAGUUCUUUGUUUUGUUUUUUUGCAGGAAUGACAAUUGAACUGACAGGCAUUUUGAUUUUAUCGUUGUUUUUAUUUCACCACUUUCGUCCAAAAUGGACUUUGCCGUGUGGCUUUUUAAAAGAAUGUUUAGAUUUCAUUUUUGUGCAUCUUCGUUCACUAAUACACCAUGUCAUAUUCCAGCGUCAGUCUACGAUUAUAUAUAGUGCUCUACUGCUGUUGUGAGAAUGUGAAAAAAAUGUGGAUAACACUGUCUCCUCCUGUUAUGACUACCAAUUCAUGUACAAAGCUAAAUGUAGCAAAGCGAUCACUCCGCGUGAGACAAAGUGGCAUUGCAGUUCUUUGUUCCUGGGGAAGAAAUAAAGAAGUGCAGAUUAUUUACUCCAGUAAAAAUCUGCCUGCUAAUUUAUCUUUCUUAAGGAUGCGUUUGUUAAAAACUCACUUCAUCAAUGUGGUUUCAUGUUUGAAUGCUUUUAAAUGUUCACAGGGAGUGUGUGUGUGUGUGUGUGUGUGUGUGUACACGUAUGUUUUAUUUAAUUGCUUCUGGGUUCUUAAAAUCUGUGUUGUGAUUGCUAAAUGCAUUGUGGGAUGAUUGCUCAAGUUAAGUCCUGUUAUCCUGAGAAAAUAAGAACCUUUUUUUGUCAUAAUGAACCACUUGUAUGCUGUUUUAAAAAUCAACUUAUUUUAAUGGGAAUGUUUAGUAUGUUCUAUUCCCAUUAUUCUGGGAUGUUGGCAUGUUGAACUGCACUGUUGUUAUUUGUUUGCAGCCAGAGUCCUUUUAGGGAUGUAGUAGUUAGUACCACUUCAAAAAACACACAUGUAAAAUAAUGCAUCUCUCUAUUUGCCUGCAUUACAUUUAUAUUGCUCUGCUUUGCCUUGCAUUGAAGAGUUGUCUUUCAGUUUAAUUUAAAAGUACUACUGAACAUUUCUUCCUCAUCUCUACAUAUAUAUAGGGUUUGCCAAGACUAACCACCAAAUGCUGGGCACAGUGACAUCAUCCCUUUAUUAACUUUACUUGCACCAAUGUCUUGAUCACAGUCAGAAAUCUGCAGAUGUUCUGAACGGUUAACUGGAAUCUGGGAUAUGUGUAACAGUAGGUGCGAAACAUGACUAGAUUAUGGCAUUAACGCCAAAUGCUUGUUGAAGGGCUGGAGGAGAACAAGGGUCCUGUAUUAUGUGUAACAUUGAAUCAAUUGCAGAUUCUAUUACAGUCCAUUUCUUAUUGAUCUGUGCAUUUUAUACUGUUGAGGUCAUAUCUUAUGAAUCUGCUCUGCGUAGCUGGAAUAUGUUUGAUGACAGCAGCAUGAUUCAGUUGAGUUGUGAUGUUAAGAAUGGCUCAAAUAACUAAAUAUGACUGGAUUUUGUUAUAUCAUGGUGCUCUACAUCAUACACUGGGAAUUCUGUCCUUAGAAAUGUAUAGGCUAAUUGUUCCACUAUUUAUAUUGUGCUUGCUGUUUCCUUACAACUUGGAUUUUGCAGAUGUUUGUAAAACAUGUACUUUAACUUUUGCUGAAGACUUAAGGAAUGACAACCGAUUCAGACGGUAGUUACUGCCACUUUGUGGAGGCAAUUUAGUUUAAAUUCCCUGACGUUUGUCCAUUUUAGUCUUUAAGGGUUCAGACUUGGUAGCCAAUGCUUUCAAUCCAACUGAUACAAGUUCUUGAUCCUAAGGUUCCAUGUGUAUUUUAAACAUAUUGAAACAAAUCCACUUGUGGUUUAAUAUAAUGUACAUAAAUGGUAUACAGUAAUAAAUGCUUUUUCUUA